AUGGAGAGCAUGAUGAGUAGAAAGAAGAGAGUCCGAGUUGAAUCGGAAGAAUCAGAAUAUAACUCACCGGAAGUGAAGAAACUCAAGGAGAAUCUGUUGUACGAUCUCACCGACGACGAUGAUAGCUCCGAGUUUUGCACCACGAGUCAUGAUUUCGAUUCGUUCAUGAAGAGUUUCGAAGAAGAAAUUACAGCUUCUCCGUCACCGGCGAAGGUGAUGGAGACGGAAGUGGUGGAUUUGACGGCGGAUUCUGAUGAGUCUCAGCCGGAGUUAGGUUACCUUCUCGAAGCGUCGGAUGAUGAACUCGGACUUCCUCCGGCAACGGCGGAGGGAAGUGAAUCGGUAGUCGAAUUGAUCGGAGUUUCACCGGAUUCAAUAUGGGAAGUGGAAGAGAGAAUUCCGAAUUACGAUUCGUUCGAAUUGGGGAUCGCUGAUUUAGUGGAUUUCAACACUGGUGUUUGUGAAUACGUAGCACUAGAUGGAUUGUUUGAUCAUUCGGAUCUUGGUUUCGGGUCACCCGAUUUUCUAUGGAGACCCGAGACGUUACCGGCAAACUAG